AUGGGUCUGUUCCUUGUUGGUACCCUUAUCCAGGACAUUAUUCGUCUCAACAACCCCAGCUACGUCGGCCAGAGCUGGCACGGCAGCCUCCUCGUCAUUGCCGUCUCCUGCGGGACCGUCUCCAUCAACAUUUGGGGUUCGAGAAUUAUCCCUCAUACCCAGAACGCCAUCUUUGCGCUCUCGCUUGUUGCCUUUGUGGCUUUAAUUGUACCCAUAUGGGCCAACGCCCCCUUGGCUGAAUCCAAAGACGUCUGGGGCCACUGCGAGGAUAAAGGCGGCUGGGGAAACCUUGGCCUCUCCGUCAUGGUUGGCCAGCUCCCCGCGAUCGGCGCGUUCCUGGGCAUUGACACUGCUGCGCACAUGUCUGAACAAGUUCGCCACGCAGGCGACGCCGUUCCCAAGGUCAUGAUGGCGGUUCUGUGUUUCAACUUUGUCCUGACCAUGAAUGCCAUGGUAACGCUUGGCUAUCACCUGCCCAAUGUGCAAGAGGCUCUUGACGAUGAGCCCAAACACCCCAUGAUCUAUGUGCUCAUGAAAUCCAUGUCGGUACCCCGCGACUUGUUCGCCUUUGCCCGCGAUGAUGGCCUGCCGUUCUUCGAGUGGCUGUCGAGGGUCGACCAGGCUCGCAAGAUACCCACCAACGCAUACAUCUUCUGUGGCGUCUACGCCAUAACAUCGCUCGGCGCUGUAUCGGUGCUUCAAUGCUACUGUCUCAGCAUCGGAUGUCUUUUGUGGAGACGCAUCUUUCAUCCCAACACGUUCCUCGCUGCGCGCUUCUCGCUUGGCCGAUGGGGUGUCCCUGUCAACUUGACCGCUGUGCUCUUUAGCUUCUGGUGCUUCUUCUGGUGCUUCUGUCCGCAAGCCAACCAUCCAGACGCUGCCGGCUUCAACUGGUCGUCUCCAAUAUUUUCGGCCGUUAUCAUUGCCGCUAUGAUGUACUACUUUGUCGUCGGUCGCAAGAGAUACGUCGGUCCUGUGGCACUGGUAGAGGGCGGCAAGAAGCAUUUCUCUUGA